AGGAUGAGUCGUUUGUGUUAUCUAAACGUAAAGUUUAUUAUCAGCUUCCCUUUGUUACCACACCCAUCAAGGUGCUGCACCAAUGAACGAACGGAUGGAUGGAUGUUGUUGUCGUCGCUACAGAAACGCGUCUUUUGUUUUCCUGGACUUUGGGCGGUCGUUGCGCAAUGAAAUCUAUUUAUAUAACGAUGUACUAUUUGCUAAACAAGAUAAUAGUAAAUUAACAAGUAACAUAACAUAAGCAUUAAUCGAAAUAAUAAAAAAAAACGACAUCAAAGUAAUAAUAAUAAUUACUACUGUACAGAGGUUCAAAGUUUAAGCGUUCUGAUUAGAAUCGGUGCGCGUCCGGAUGAUACUUCAAGUCCAGUCUUAACCAGUCCCAGUUGAUCCCAGUUCUCUAUAUAACAUAUACAGAUAGAGGAUUCAAGCAUUUUAGCAGAAAGAUAGGACAUAUUCAAUAUUGAACAAUGGGAGAAGUCGAUGGAAAUGUGAUCACGGCGCAAGCACUCAAAGACCAGGGCAUUAAAUAUGUGUUUGGUAUCGUCGGUUUUCCUGUGAUCGAGCUGGGCAUGGCGUGCCAGCAGGUGGGCAUGCACUACAUAGGUAUGAGGAACGAGCAGGCAGCCUGCUAUGCGGCGCAGGCCAUCGGUUAUCUAACCGGAACUCCGGGUGUAUGUCUUGUGGUAUCCGGACCUGGUCUUCUGCAUACCUUCGGAGGUAUGGCGAACGCGC